GAUGGAGUCACCCUGAGCCUGAACUAAGCAAGGAAAAAUGUACACCAAUGAAUUUUUGUCUUUAUACAUCUUAAGAGCUAGCCAGCCACAAUAUAUCUUCAGCCACAAGCAGUGGAACUGAGAGAGAGCUGCCGUUGACAUCAUAACCCAUUUUCUUUGCUCUUCAGUUUGAUGAACCACAGUUAUAAUAAAUAUUUCUCAGGGGACACAACUUAGUCAGCUACUCUGCUGGGAUGAGAAUGAAUUGUUUUCCUCACUGAAAAGCAGUGAUAUGAAGCCUUUCUGAUGCUUUCUAAACAGAACUGUUACUUACAAUCCACUUAAAAUGGAUGUAUUGUAGCCUGGUGCUCAAUCCAGCCACUGCUGCACAUGUGGCAGCAGCUCUACAUGAUCCCAUGACUCUUGAUAUGGACGCUGUCCUGUCAGACUUUGUUCAGUCCACAGGUGCAGAACCAGGUCUGGCAAGAGACUUGCUGGAAGGCAAAAACUGGGAUUUGACUGCAGCUCUCAGUGAUUAUGAGCAACUUAGGCAGGUUCAUACAGCCAACCUACCCCAAGUGUUCAAUGAAGGGAAAUAUCCCAAGCAGCAGCAUCAGGAAAGAGAGCCUUCCCAACAGGUGAACAAGAAUGAACGGCCAUCUCUUCAAAGACAGGAUGAUAUUGCUCAAGAAAAGAGGCUCUCUAGAGGAAUUUCUCAUGCCAGCUCAGCAAUAGUCUCUCUUGCUCGAUCCCAUGUGGCCAGUGAAUGCAACAAUGAACAUUUUCCACUGGAGAUGCCCAUCUACACAUUCCAGCUCCCUGAUCUUAGUGUUUACAGUGAAGACUUUAGGAGCUUCAUUGAGCGAGACUUAAUUGAGCAGGCAACCAUGAUUGCUUUAGAACAAGCUGGUCGUCUUAACUGGUGGUCCACAGUGUGUACAAGUUGUAAGCGGCUUCUUCCACUGGCAACAACGGGUGAUGGAAACUGCCUGCUACAUGCAGCUUCUCUGGGAAUGUGGGGGUUUCAUGACAGAGACCUUGUGCUACGGAAAGCACUGUACACUAUGAUGAGAAGUGGGGCUGAAAAGGAAGCCUUGAAGAGGAGGUGGAGGUGGCAGCAGACGCAGCAGAAUAAGGAGUCAGGGUUAGUUUAUACAGAGGAAGAAUGGGAGCGGGAAUGGAAUGAACUGCUGAAGUUGGCUUCAAGUGAACCACGUACUCAUUUCAGCAAAAAUGGAGGCACUGGUGGUGGAGUUGACAAUUCUGAAGAUCCAGUGUAUGAGAGCCUAGAGGAAUUCCAUGUUUUUGUCCUAGCGCAUAUAUUAAGGCGACCAAUUGUUGUUGUUGCAGAUACAAUGUUACGAGACUCAGGCGGAGAAGCAUUUGCACCAAUUCCAUUCGGUGGAAUUUACUUGCCUUUGGAAGUCAUGCCUAACCGAUGUCAUUGUUCACCCCUAGUCCUUGCCUACGAUCAAGCUCAUUUUUCUGCUCUUGUGUCUAUGGAGCAAAAAGAUCAACAGAGGGAACAAGCGGUGAUUCCUCUGACUGAUUCUGAACACAAGUUACUGCCUUUGCACUUUGCUGUUGAUCCAGGGAAAGACUGGGAGUGGGGAAAGGAUGACAAUGAUAAUUCCAAGCUGGCCAAUUUGAUUCUGUCUCUGGAGGCAAAACUUAAUCUUCUGCACAGUUACAUGAAUGUAACCUGGAUACGCAUACCGUCAGAAACACGGGCUCCUCUUGCUCAGCCAGAAUCUCCUACUGCAUCAGCAGGAGAGGAUGUUCAAUCUCUUGCUGAUUCCAUGGACUCCGACAGAGAUUCCAUCUGUAGUAAUUCUAAUGGCAAUAAUGGCAGAAAUGGGAAGGAGAAGGAAAAACAAAGGAAGGAUAAAGAAAAAAAUCGAGCCGACUCGGUUGCUAACAAACUUGGGAGUUUCAGUAAAACACUAGGCAUCAAGCUAAAGAAGAAUAUGGGUGGGCUUGGAGGACUAGUGCAUGGCAAAAUGAGCAGAGCAAAUUCAGGAAAUGGCAAAAAUGGGGAGAUCAUUGAGAAGGUGAAGGAGAAGAAGUCCAAGUUCCGCAAAGGAAGCAAAGAGGAAUCUGGACAGUCUGCAAGCACUUCCCCUUCUGAAAAGACUCCCUCUCCCACAGAGAAGGCAAGUGUCUCCCCUGUUGAAAAAAUGAAUUCUAAAUCCCCUUCAGAUAAGCAGUCAGAUCCAUGGAAAUACAGUACUGAUGUGAAGCUGAGCCUCAACAUUUUGAGAGCUGCCAUGCAAGGGGAACGCAAGUUCAUUUUUGCUGGCCUUCUCCUAACCAGCCAUCGACAUCAGUUCCAUGAGGAGAUGAUUGGAUAUUACUUGACUAGUGCCCAGGAGCGCUUUAGUGCUGAACAGGAGCAGAAGAGGAAAGAAGCAGAGAAGAAGGCUACCCUCAGUGGGUCCUCAUGUAGGAAACUAGAACAAGAAGCAUACUCAAAAGAGAAGCUGGAAUCAUCUCCUCAGGGAAGGGCAUCACCAGUCUUGCCUCAAAGCCAUACAACUCAACUGGUUUUAAAGUUUAAAGACCGCAGUAGUCCCAUACCAGGGUCAUUUUCAUCACCCAGUAAUGGUGCCAAGAAAAGUGUACCCAUUCCAGUAUCUGCCCACUAUAGCCAUACACCCCCUGUUCAAAGGCAGAGUGUCAUCCAUUUGCAUGAUGUCAAUGCUAAACCAUCAAGCUUCCAAGAUGAUACUUAUAAGCCAGUAGUUGGCACCUUAAAAACAUGUGCCACAUAUCCCCAGCAGAAUCGGUCAUUGUCUUCACAGAGUUAUAGCCCAGCCCGGAUAGCAGGCAUUCGUACUGUCAACACAGUGGAGUCACUGUCCUAUGCCAUGCCUACAGACCACAAGUCGCAAACAUAUACCAAUGGGUUUAAUACCAGUGACAUUAGAGACUGCUUAGAAUAUGCUGAUGAAGAGGCACCUCAGACCUGGUUAAACAAUGAUAAAAAUCGAGGCAGGAGCACAGUUUGCCCAAUGUAUUCUCUCCAGCAAAAUCGCUGCAAGAAAGAGAAUUGCUCCUUCUAUGGUCGCCCAGAGACUGAAAACUAUUGCUCCUAUUGCUACAAAGAGGAACUGAAAUGCCGGGAGCGAGAAAAUAAAGGCCACCGGCAUUAAAGACAGUGGAGCUCUUUCCAAGACUAUUUCCUCAAUUUCCUUACAUAAGUAAAUGACAGUGGAUUAGAGGAGGAAGGAAAAGGGAAUCUGUGGAUAGAAAAGUCUAGCGAUGAAAAAACAAGGAUAAUUUAUCAUAAAGGGUUUAUUAUUUUCCAUUUUGUGGUUGUCUUUUUUACAUACACUGGUAAGCUGAAAGGUUGUUUACUCCUUUGUCAGUGCUAUGUGUACGUGUGGUCAAAAUUUUACUAAUGGUGCCUGAAUUUACACUGACAUCACUCAGGUAGUAGAAAGAUAGGGAAAAAGUCAUAAUAACUGGAGAUCUGGUGUUGUAUUAAGAUUGUGUCUGCCUCAUUCUAUAGAGCCAUUGCAGUUAAAGAAAUUUAACUUUUCAUAGUUGCCCUCUUUUUUUAAAGGGGGAAAGAAUAGUAAUUUUGCAUACUGACAUACUGACAUCUUUGCUAUAAGCAUAUAUAUUAUUUUAGUGUUACUGUUUCUCCACAGAUACACAAAUGAAGAUCUGGAUUCAUGAAAAGGCCAUCCUCAAACUGGCCAAUUUUUAGUUAAAGAAAGGGGGCAUUUAGUUUUAAGAUGAGGCUUUAUCUCUAAUAUUUGAAAAUAAGCAGUUUGACAGAGGAGCAGGGAAACAACUGCAGCCAUAAAUUGCCAGACAUGUUGUUCCUCAGCUGUUUAAUGCACAUUGCACAGCAGGGCAUUCUGUAUCUCAUUGACCAUAUCAUUGUCUUGACAGUUUUGACCAGUUUAAUGGCUCUGCUUGUUGAAAACAACAGGUUGAUGUAUGCUGUCAAAACUUUGCAUCUUUAUUAUUCAUUGAUCCAAAUGUGGAGUUAAUUCCUCUGCAGAAAAGGGAAAGUGGAUGCUGUAAAUUUGCACAUACAUUAGCACACACUUUUUGGCCUUCCACAAUGAAUGCUAGAAAUUAAAAAGUGUUAAAUCGAAGUUCAAAUUAAAUGAUACGGCAGAGACUCAAAUUAAGAUGAGAGUGUUCACAAUGGACUUGGAAACCAGUCAAAUAAACUGAAUAAUCCCCAGUUUCUGGAAUUGUCUUUGCAUGGUUCCAAUACUGCUUAAGUGUAAUGCUAAUCUAUUUAUUUAUUUAUUUGUUCAUUUAAAAAUAUAUCAGUCCCAUUUCAAAAUGUGCUACUUUAGCAAGUUAGCAUGCAAUAAAGAGUAAAAUCAGUUAAAAACAUAUAGCAAUAAUAAUGGUAACAACACAGAAGUGUUGAGUAGGAAAAAUGAUGCAAAUUGCAAAUAUACUUGAAUGAAAUGAUGAAUACAUUUGGACCACUUUUGCCAGCCAAGAUGUGAAAAAACAAAAAACAAAACCCUAGGGCCAGUAGGAUUAAACUCAAAGUUAAUCUGAUUAAAUGUAGUCUGAAAUUAAUAUGUUCCUAGUGCUUGCCUGGAAGACAGAGAGGGAAGAAGUUUCAUAAAUUUAGAGACAGUGUUGAAGAAGUCUUGUCUUAGCAAGCCUAAGUUCGUUCCUUGGGGCCAUAUGAGCACAGCCUUGGCCGUUGACCUUAAUGAUAUGAACAUAAGCAGUCUUUCAAGUAACCUGAUCAUAGAAUGUGACGGGCUUUGAAAGGUAAUAUGUCACCACUUCAAAUUUGGCCCAUAAGCUAAUAGACAGCUAAUGCAGCAUUUACAGAAUCAGUGUAAUGUGGUUUUAAUGUCUGGAUCAUAUUACAGUGACACAGACUGCCAUGACUGUGCCAGAGGAAGUUCACAAACCGUCUUCAAAGCCAGCACCACAUGCAACACAUUGUAGUAGUCAACUCUGGGCAUAACCAAAACAUGAAGAACUGAGGCAAGUUUUAUCACAUAAAUAUAAGAUCACAGAAAUAAGUGAUACAGCUUACGUUGAUAAAAGGCACUGUUAGGCAUCACUGCCACCUAUAACUCCACAUACAGCACAGAGUUCAGAAGGACACCUAAUGUGUAGAUCUGGCCUUUCAGGGUGAGUGCAGCCUCAUACAGAAUUCAUUGAGACUUGUUAUCUGGACAAAGGCGGCUCACAUCCACAGUACUUCCAUCUCAUUAGGAGCUGGCAUGAAUGAACAGAGACAAUUUUUUGCUUUCCUCCUCCUCUCUGUUUCUUUUCCUUGCAAUCCAUUUGCUGCCUGUGUAAACACCAAAUAGCAUUAUCCAGAAAAAAAGGGCCUCUCCCUUUUAUAUGUGUACUCUGCCUAGAUAUAAAAAGAAUACACAGAAACUUAAAAACAGAAAGGCCCACCAAGGACUAAUAUGCCUGCCAUAUUGAAAAGUCCUCCAAUGUCAUCUGUCACUCCCACAAUCAGCAGUUUUGUAGUUCUCUGAUUUGGAUCAGUUUCAAUUUAUUCACCAUCAUUAACUGCAUUGCUAUGGACCCUGUCAGGCCUGAUGAAAGGAGAAGGAGGAAGUAAUACAAUAUGUUAGUCUCCUGAUAACCAACUCUUUUUGUUGUUUUGAGGGUUUUAAAGUUUUAAUCUUUUAAACCGUCCAGAGUAGUGCUUGCGUUAA